AUGUCGCAACACUUCGACACCCUCCAAUUGCACGCGGGCCAAGACGUGGAGAAGCCCCAUGGCGCCAGAGCCCCACCCAUCUACGCCACGACUUCCUAUGUCUUUGACGACUCCAAGCACGGAGCGCAGCUUUUUGGUUUGGAGACCCCAGGAUACAUCUACUCACGUAUCAUGAACCCUACUAACGAUGUUUUCGAGAAGAGAAUGGCUGCCUUGGAAGGCGGAGUAGGAGCGUUGGCUGUGUCUUCGGGCCAGGCCGCCCAGUUCUUGGCCAUUGCCGGAUUGGCACACCACGGCGACAACAUUGUGACCACGUCGUUUUUGUACGGUGGCACAUACAACCAGUUCAAGGUUGCGUUCAAGAGAUUGGGCAUUGAGGCCAGAUUUGUGAAUGGAGACGCUCCAGAGGAGUUUGCCAAGUUGAUCGACGCCAAGACCAAGGCCAUCUACAUCGAGGCCAUGGGCAACCCCAAGUACAACGUGCCGGAUUUCGAGAAGAUCGUCAAGAUUGCGCACGACAACGGAAUCCCCGUAGUGUGUGACAACACCUUCGGUGCCGGUGGAUACCUUGUGAACCCCAUCAAACAGGGAGCCGACAUUGUGGUGCACUCUGCCACCAAAUGGAUCGGAGGCCACGGCACCACCAUUGCGGGUGUGAUCAUCGACUCGGGCAAGUUCCCUUGGGCCGAGUACCCCGACAAGUACCCCCAGUUCUCGCAGCCUUCCGAGGGCUACCACGGCUUGGUGUUGAACGAGGCCUUGGGCAACCAGGCGUACAUUGGUCACGUGCGCAUCGAAUUGCUUAGAGACUUGGGUCCUGCGUUGAACCCCUUCGGCGCUUUCCUUUUGCUCCAGGGCUUGGAGACCUUGUCCUUGAGAGUCGAGAGACAGUCGUACAACGCGCAGAAACUCGCGGAGUACUUGGGCAACUCCCCAUACGUGAGCUGGGUCUCCUACGUGGGCUUGCCUUCGCACGAGUCGCACGAGUUGGCCAAGAAGUACUUCAACCACAGCGACAAGUUUGGCGGUGUGUUGUCGUUUGGCGUGAAGGCGUUGGAGGCCACGUCGGACGAUCCUUUCCAGGAGGCUGCCGCGCAGGUUGUCGACAACCUCGAGCUUGCAUCCAACUUGGCCAACGUGGGAGACUCCAAGACCUUGGUCAUUGCGCCCUACUACACCACGCACCAGCAGUUGGCUGACCACGAGAAGCUCGCGUCCGGUGUCACCAAGGAGUUGAUCAGACUUUCCAUUGGAACCGAGCACAUCGACGACAUCAUUGCGGACUUCGAGAAGUCGUUCAAGAAGGUUUACGGUGCCUAG